UUAGGGAUUCUCCGUUUCCCUUUUGUGUUUUUGUUUCUCUCUUUCGCUGGAACAUAACGGACGUGUCGCUGCGUCGUCCUCCUCGUCGCGCGCGUGUGUGUGUGGUGUCUGUGUGUACUGAAACAUUUUGGGGUCGUAGCAAAUUGGAGAAAAAUUCUUAAUUAUACAAUACAAUACUCGUGCUUGUUCUCGCAGCGAAUCGAAGUGAGCUAAUUGUGAGAUUUGGCCGCAAAGGAAGAAUACGAAAAGUUAGCUGAAUUACGUGAGUAGCCAGUGUGUGAGUGUGUGAGCCAGAGCGAGGCGGCAAAUCAGUACGGCGUGAAAGAGAAAGAGCAGCAAAAUAUAAUUUGCUGUGAAUGCCUCUGUGUGUACGUGCCUGUGUUUAGUGUGCAUGUGUGCUAAAACAAAUGCCUAAAUUGCAACAAAGAAAAUUGUAUGAAAUAUACGAAGCGAAGAGCAGAGCGAAAGCGACGAAGAAAAAGAGGCUGCUGCUUGAAGAAUAAGAAGAGGUGGAGAAGCAAGAAGAAGAGCAGCAGCAGCCGCCGCGAGUUUUUUCCGCGCGUGUGUUAGUGUGCAUACAAUUGUGUAUGAAAAAGAAUAAAAGCUAAUCUAAAGUGUCAAACGUAAUCUUGUAUAUCUCCGUGUUUCUUGCAGCGCUUGACAACGAAAUUUAUAUUACAUAGUAAAUGCAAAAUACAACAAAGGUUAAUCGUAUUGCUUAAUCAGAGAACUGCGGUUUCAAACGUCUUCGUCUUCCCCAUCUUCUUAACUGGAAUGCAACCAACACCAAACAACCAAAACCCACAACAACAAUAGCAACAAGAUCGAAUGGAGUAAAACAAAAACCAAGAACUUUAAAAGAGAGCAGUGAGAGAGAGAGGCGUCGGCUAACGGCUUAUCAAUUGACAAAGCGCGUGGAGAGAGCGGGAGAAGAAGCGGAGCGCUGAGUGCGCGAAAUACUCAAACUAACAAACACUUUCAAACUGUACAUAACUUACGGCGCGUGUGUUGUAAAGGCGUAAAGAUAGCAGAUUCCACUGAAACACUUGCCAAUACUGGACAGAGUUGCGUGCAAUAUGCGCAACGGCUUUCGGCAACGAGCGUGCGCCACGAAACGCACUGAAUCGAGACGGAACGGUGGGAAUCUAUAAUGCAACAGCAACAGGAAGAAUUCGAUACAGAAACAGAAACUGCAGGGGGAAAGGAAAGCAUUUGGAAAAUGUUGUUCCCGAAAACUGAAGAAAAUGCAUCGUUUUCUUAACAUCCAGCAAAAUAUCAAACUUCGCAACUAUCAUCAGUUACUUUUGUAUUUUGUCGCUGCUGCUGGAGGAAGAGCGGAAGUGAGAAGAGGAAGAGGGACCGGAACCGGAAAGAGAAGCCUUCGCAAAGGAAGCAGAGCAGCAGCAGCAGUAACAGUUAAAGUAACGUUAAGAGCAAACGCAACGUAACGCCACGAAACGCAACGUCAAGAGUAGUUGAAGCAUAAUAUUAUUCUAUUAGCCCAAUACGUUAACCCAACGCUGCCACUGUUCCUAAGACACAAAAUUUGACGACAACAGAGGAAGAAACCACUUGAAAUAAACGUAGACCAUAGUCGUAACCGUAAAACGAAACGCCAACGCCUCUACACAAUAUACGCUACUGAAACACGAAUCCUAUGCCAAUUUUUGAUCAUCAAAUCGUUUAGCACCUAUCAUAGACUCCCAUAAACGCCUCAUCAAACGUCAAAAUCUCAAACGACACUAUCGCAACUAGAACAACAAAAAGCUGACGUUGUUUUAGACAAAUACCCAAAACCCCCACAAAAACAACGCCGAUCUCGCCCCUUUGUCACGCACACCAAAAACACAACAAAAUAGACAAAAAUAAUAAAAAAAAAGGCUGGCUAAGGCUAAGGAAAGCGGAAAAAUAUGGCCACACCCCAAGUCAAGGACUUGGUGUUGCGCUCGCCCGCUGGCUCCUCCGAUGUCAUUUCCUUCGCCUGGCCCCUGCAGAUCGGACACGGACAGGACAAGCACGACAAUGGCAUCGACAUCAUCGACACCAUUAAGUUCGUCUGCGAUGAACUGCCAUCGAUGUCAUCGGCCUUCGAGGAAACCAAUCUCCACCAAAUUGACACUGCCUGCUAUAAGACUAUGACCGGUCUGGUCGAUCGCUUCAACAAGGCCGUCGACAGCAUCGUUGCAUUGGAAAAAGGAACUUCACUGCCCGCCGAGCGCCUGAACAAGUUCGCUCACCCUAGCCUUCUAAGACACAUAUUGCAAUUAGUUUACAAUGCCGCCGUACUCGAUCCGGAUAAACUCAACCAGUACGAGCCCUUCUCGCCAGAGGUUUACGGCGAGACGAGCUAUGAGCUGGUGCAGCAGAUGCUUAAGCACGUCACUGUCAGCAAGGAGGACACGUUUAUCGAUCUCGGCUCGGGAGUGGGCCAGGUGGUCCUGCAGAUGGCCGGAUCCUUUCCCCUGAAAACCUGCAUCGGCAUCGAGAAGGCCGACACGCCGGCGCGAUAUGCGGAACGCAUGGAUGUCAUCUUUCGCCAGUAUAUGGGAUGGUUUGGAAAACGCUUUUGCGAAUACAAGCUGAUAAAGGGUGACUUCCUGGUCGAUGAGCAUCGUGAAAAGAUAACCUCAUCGACGCUGGUUUUUGUAAAUAACUUCGCCUUUGGGCCAACUGUGGACCAUCAGCUCAAGGAACGGUUCGCAGAUCUUCGCGAUGGAGCACGGGUCGUGUCCUCCAAGUCGUUUUGCCCGCUGAACUUUCGGAUCACAGACAGAAACCUCAGUGACAUCGGCACCAUUAUGCACGUCAGCGAAAUUCCGCCCCUCAAGGGGUCCGUUUCCUGGACCUGCAAGCCCGUUUCGUAUUAUCUGCAUGUGAUCGAUCGCACCAUAUUGGAGCGAUACUUUCAGCGCCUGAAAACUAAGGGCGGCAACGAUCACGAGAGCGUGGGAACUGUUCGCACGACACGUGAUCGCGCCAAGCGAGAGGCGAACGUUGGCCAACACCAUCACAACAAUCAUCAUAGCAACAACCACGCCAACAGCAACAACCAUCAGAGGGAGCGGGAGCAGUCGAACGGAGCUACCGCCACUGCCGCUCAUCAGCAACGCCAUCAGUCCCAGUCGCCAGCUAAUGUGAGCGGUGCGGGAAUAGCAGUUGCAGCUAGCGGGCAACAAGCAGCUUCCAAAACACGCCAACAACUGCAGCAUCAGCAUAACCAGCAGCAACGCAGCCUGGACAUGGAAAGCAGCACGGAGAGCGAUGGCGAGGCAACGAAUGGCAAUGGUGGCAAUACCACCACUGCCACCAAUACCACUUCCGCCUCCAAUGGCCCGAUGACUAGGAAAGUUUGGUCCGACUGGUGCAGUUCCAAAGGCAAGAGUUCGCAGUCUGACGACGAGGAGAACAACAACUCGAACAGCAAUGGCGGCAGUAAUGGUGGUAGUAUUGGAGGAGGAUCAGUUGGCCGGCAGGCUCGAGCUACUACCCAGAAAAAGCGCAAAAAGUUGACAAGGAAGGCUGCGAUAGCCAGCAAAUCUGCUGCCGCUGCCCAAAGGGAAGCGGAGGCGGCAGCGGCGGCGGCGUCAUCCGUACCAAGCAAGGAGUCCAGUUCCAAAGAGGAUCCACCAAGGGCUGCUAGCGCCGGACCUGGUCGCAAGGGACGCAUGAAGAAGGGUGCGCGUGGCAGGAAGUCUUUAAAGAUUGUUGGACUAGAAGCUCUGCAUAAGCAAACAGUGUUGAGUACCUCCUUGGACACCAUGACCAAGAAGCUGCCAGCAGCUCCUGGAACCGUGGAUCAACAGCUUACUGCUUUGCUCACGGAAAACAUGUCGCAUGCAGAGUUGGAUAUUCCAACGGCGCCACAAGAUACGCCUUAUGCCUUGCAGAUCCUUCUUGACGUGUUCCGUUCGCAGUACACGUCGAUGAUCGAGCACAUGAAGUCAAGUGCCUAUGUCCCUCAGGUUCAGAAGCAGAUUGCCCAAGAGCAGGAGCGGAUGGCCAGGCUGAAAAACAGGGCCAACCAGUUGGAUAAGCAGAUAAAAGUGCUGAUCGAUGACAGUGUGGCUUUACUUAAAGUGCGAAUGAACGAGCUGGGCAUCCAUGUAAACUCACCCAACGAUUUGAUCGCCCAGGCAAAGGAGAUUGUGGGUAGACAUAAGGAUCUACAGCACACUGCAAGUCGAAUGAGGAACGAAGUAACCUUCUAUGAGGGCGAACAGAAGCUGCUCCUUAACAAACAGCUAAAAAACUUACCCGAGUAUCAAAAACUCUGUGGCACUGUAAAUGGAAAGGUUAAGCUGGAGGUGCCCCCGGAACUUUCAGAGACCACGGCCCAGGAGCUGGUACUAAAGGAGAUCGCCAACACACUAAGUCAACGAAAGAAACUUUACGCCCAGGUGUCCACCAUUGAACAGGAGACCUCGGUUUUGCAGAAAACAGCAGAGGAAAGGUCCACGGCAGCGACGCUCUUGGCGCAAGGAACAAAUAUGAUUGUGUCGACCGGAUCAUCUUCCUCCUCCUCUACCACUGUUUGUGCAAGUGCAGUAACGGCGCAGAGCAACAAGUUGAACUCCGUGAAGAACUCUCGUCGCAGUCGCGAGCAUCGAGCGCGUUCCCAGGAGUGGCCAGAGGUUCCCGAAGUGGGUAAAAUCCAGGAAAGCAAUCCCGAAGUGCUGGCACAGAAAAUCGUGGAGACCUGCCGCCAAAUCGAAGCUGGCAAGUUCCAAGGAGCAGCUGCGCCCUCAUCGCAAGUGAACGGCAAGAAUAAAGCAAUAAUAGAGGUCCCACCACCUCCGCCCACUGUUCCAGUGAGCAUUAAAUCCUCGCCUGGACACCACUAUAAGGACACAACACUGAUGCCAGCACCCAAACAACAACAGCAACAACAGAUGACGCUUUCCCAGCUUCCGAAGUGUGAGCUGCCCGGACUAUCGGCUAGUCGCAAGCAGGAAUCUCCCAAGGUUGCCAACUUUGAGGAUCGGUUAAAGAGUAUCAUCACCACGGCCUUAAACGAAGAUCAGGAGCAGCGCAGCAAGGCAGUGGAGUCGUCACCCUCUCCCUCUCCUCUUCACAGUCCAGCACCCAAGCGAUCAAAGCAGCAUCCGGCUGGAGCGAUAAACCCUGCCCAGUCGCUGCCCAACAAUCUGCACAACAUCAUCACCGUCUCCACGCAGGGUUUGAUGCAUCUUAAUGCCAAUACAACAAUAUCCCCAAUAACACCACCACUGCCGGGACCAGGUGCAGGAGCCACAGCAUCCACUGCGCCGCCUCCGCCAGCGAAUCUUCCUUAUGGGGCUUACGGCGGGGCAGUGGCCAAGACAACGGUAUCGGGCAAGUACCAGGCAGCUAAAGAACCGAAGUAUUCGCCAGUUAGACAGGCACCAUUACCGCCUCCUCCGCCCUCCCACAUGGCUUCUUUGUAUCCAGCUGGACAGCAGACUACUCCGGCGGACCUAGGUUACCAGCGGCGACGCAGCUCUGUUAGUGCCACUAGCUAUGAACACUAUAUGGUCCAGCAGCAGCAGCAACUCCAGCAACAGCAACUCAUGCUAGCAGCCGCUGCUCAUGCGGCCCAGCGUCAGCAGAUGCGCGUAGAGGAACAACAGCAGCAGCAGCAACAUCAUCAGCAACAGCAGCACCACCACCAUCCGCAACAUCGUCUGCCGCAGCAUGUGCAGCAUCAGCAUCCGCAUCAUCCCAAUGAGUUCAAGGCACCGCCGGCUGACAGUCAUCUCCAGCGAUCGAGCAGUCGCGAGCAAUUAAUAGUGGAGCCACCGCAGACGCAACCGCUGGAGCUGUUGCCUCGAGCAAGUUCCGCCAAUUCGGAUUACAGCGGAUAUCGCAUCCGUCCGCCAAGCAGGCCAAGCUCCAACUCCUCGCAACCAGAUUACACGCAAGUUUCACCCGCAAAGAUGGCUCUGCGGCGACAUCUGUCGCAGGAGAAGCUGAGCCAACAUGUCACGCCCCAGGCAACACCGCCGCUGCCCGGACACGGAGGAGCACCCACAUCAGGCAAGACCAUUGGCGAUUUGGUGAACGGGGAAAUCGAGCGAACGCUUGAGAUUUCGCAUCAGAGCAUCAUUAAUGCGGCUGUGAACAUGAGCACUAGUGGCGCUAGCUUCAUGGAGCGGGCCUUCCUUAAUGAGCGCUCCAACGAUCGUUUGCUGAUCAACUUGAAUGCCCAACGACCCGAGAGAGUUCAUGUUCGUCCGCUCUCCGAAGAGUCCCAGGAUCCACAGCCCACCAGUUAUGCUCAGGAGAGAGGACCUGGUGUUGGAGCAGCUGGAGGUAACAGCAAUCUGGCCACUUUGGCGCAUGUAGCCUACGCCCAAAAGGCACAGGGCGGCGCUCGAGCCAACGCAGGAACUGCUCCACCCGCAACCCACUCCUCCUCUGCUCGUUCUGGACGGGACUAUCAGCCGGUGGCUUUGCCCCGUGCGGAGCUUAAGGGCAGCAUUGAGGCCUAUUUCCACGAGGAGCAGCAGCAGAAGCAGUCGAAGGGCGCAGGAUCAGCAGGAGCGUCCUCUUUGCGGGGACCGCGUCUUAAUGGUGCCAAUCCUCCAUUGGAAGGUCUAGCAGCAUCGCUGCAGGAUCAUGUGCGCGCCAGAAAGUACAAGGAGGAGACCGAGGAGCGUCAACGACGAGCAGCAGCCGCUGCCUCGUCUUCGGCGGGACCGCCUCCUGGCAUGGAACUGCCAACACACUAUGCUCAUCAGGCGCCACCAGCCCACAGCUACCACCACCAUGGUGCAAGCAUCAAUGGAACACCGCACAAAGUAGAACUGGGGAUAAAACGCAGCUCACCGCUGGCGCCGCAUCAGCAACCGCCACGUCCCUCGAAAUUGGCCCACUACGAGCCGCCAACGACGCAGCAGCAGCAUGCCCAUGCCCACCUGUACGCCAACGGACAAGUGCUACCUCCGCCGCCAGCUCAUGAUGCGACCACGCCCUCCCCGACGCCCUCGUCAUCUUCAUCGUCCUGCGGACGUCGAAGCAACAGCAACAAUGGAAAGUUGCUCGUGGAUCCACCUUUGCUGAUGAGUCCCGAGAUCAAUUCACUGUUGGGCGACGAAAGGCCUUUGCAGCUGUCGCAUCACCAACAGCAGCAGCAGCAAAUGCUGCAUCACCAUCAAUCGCAGCAACAGCAGCAUCUGCAGCUGACCCAACAGCAACUGCGUGUAGCCCAUCUUGGACAUGGUCACAGCACCAUGCCCACUUUGGGCGUACAACGCAAUGGCAAUGGCAAUGCCGCCGACGAUGAUGAUGUUAUUGCCGCUGAUGAUGAGACCCACUGGCAGCAUCGGGUCAGCUCUGGUUUCGACCGCCUGGUGGCCUUCGCCAGCACUGAAUUGGAUAAGACACGGCGAAGCAUCGAUGGCGAUACCGUGCCGGCCUCGAUUAGUUGCAACACGUCUCCGGACUCGGGCAUUACGCACAGCAGCAGCAAUUCGGAUGCGGUGCGCACAUUUUUGUCCACCUCGUCCAGCUCCUCGCAGCUGGAGCUGCCCAUAGGAAGCGGUGGUAGCAGCAGCAACAGCCUCUACAACCAUCAUGCCCAGCACAACAGCAUUGGCAUUGGCAGCAGCGGAGGCAGCCACCCACAUCAGCAACAGCAACAGUUGCAGGCGCAGCACCAACAGCAGCAGCACCACCUCUCCGAUCACAUGAGCGACAGUAGCAUGAAAUCGUCUGCAUCCUCAUCGCUGCAUGCUGGUAGCUCCCUGAAAACCGUGUCGCCGGUGGAUCCCAGUGCCAUCGAGUCGCCGCCACUCUCUGACGUUGGAUUGCCCAGAACUCCCAGUCCCAGUGCAGCCAGUGUGGCCACUCCACCUUUGGCCAGUGGGCCGCCCGUGUCCGGGGACUUGGGUGGUAUACCUCUGAAGUACCAGCGCAAGUCCAAGACCAGUUCGGAAAAGCACUACAAAAAGAAGUUCUGCGAAAGAAACUGGGAGUACGACUGUGAUGAACUGCUGGCCUACUCCAACUCCAGUGCACCGCCGACGGCAGCAGAUGCAGCGGGCAAUGGGCCACUUAACUUGGAUGCUGCCAAUGCUGUGGGCGGAGCAGCUGCACCGCUCUUGGGAAAACCGGGAAAGUCGCCCAAGGAAAAGUCUUCACCGCACCAUCAGCAGCAGCACCAUCACAAGUCCUCCAAAUUUCGGCCAAAGGGCAAGGACUGGGACUGGUCAAUGGACAGUCGGAGCCAAACGGGCGAGUUGCUGGCCGCCAGUAACAACAUGAACAUUAACAACAACUCAACCACCACAACGAGUAAUUAAUUUAGUAAACUAAUUUAGUUCAAUUUGCUGAAUGGAGCGUGUCGGAGAGAAAUCCAGAAAAGUAUGCAAUGCUUUCAUGCUUUUAGCCAGAUUAUUUGUAAAUGGGUCAAGACGGAUCGGAUCCCGGAUCCUCGGAAUUAUAAUGUAUUUGAUGAAGAUUUUUUGUAAUUUUAACUAAAUGAAUUGUGUAUGACUAGCUAACUUAUUAUAAGGCCCAGCUCUCCAAUUGCCUUGUUUUAUUUGAUAAUUGCUAUCCACCCCUUUCACCAGUGUGUUUUUAUUUCAUUAAUAAUGCUAAUUAGGCUAGGCGCGUUUUUCGUAAUACUUUAUAACGUUGAACCGGAAAAAACGCAACUGCUGAUGAACAAUGUUACUGAUUUCUUUGUACCGAUUACCAAUUAUUAUGAUUAUGUAUUUAAUUUGAACUAUUGUUUAAUUACGUUUGUCCAUAAGUUAAAUGUUUUGUCUUUAUUAUUUCAAAAUAAAAUUGUAAACUAAUUACACCGAUUUAGUUUUGUGUUCAUUAUUUCUCUAUCGCUUGCUUUUGUUCUAGAAAAGUAAAACAAAAUUGCUGUUCGAGUUUCGCGAGAUUGAAUUGGGACCAACCCUAAAAUUCCAAACCCUUUCCAGUUUUUGAGACGACGAUGUGGAUUGAAGGGAAGUUGCUUCCAUUAAUCAAAUGUACAUAAGGAUAAUAAAAAAGUCAGUGCAGCAAAUAUUUACUUUGCGCAAUGUAUUUACAUUUUUGGGCAGCACGUUUACGAUACAGAAAGUAUAUCCAAGUUUGGCACAAGCAAUUUAAAGUUAUCUUUAGAAAGUUUUUAGGCGUUUUUAUUACAUUUAAUUUUUUAUAUUUCCACUCGCGUGUAGAAAGAUAGUCGUCAGUGGGGUGUACGAGUAGCAAGCAGAGGAUAUACAAAUACUUUAAAUAAUAAUCGCAAAACAAUAAAACUAAACUGAAGUAGUGGAAUUAGUAACGUAUACAACCAACAUGCAACGUGCAACAUGUAACAUGCAUUCGCAACCGCAACAGCAGCAAAAGCAGAACAACAAGUAACCUUAUAAAUUAAAGAAUUUUCCACCUCAGCGAGAUAAACAACAAUUUUAUAAAUUAUAUUAUAUUAUAGCAGGCAUAUACAAGAUAUAUACAUACAUAUAUAUUAUAUACGAGCAAGCAGUGUGGGAGCUAAAAAUAUCAGGAAACCAAUUAAGCCGUAAACAGAGAAAUAAAUGAUUUACAAGCAUUUAAUAAACCAGCAUAAACCACAAAUAUUUAGCAAAACAUAAAGAACUAUAAAACUUAUAUGAUUAACAGUACUUAUAGCGAAUAAAGGGAAUUUCAAAUGUGCUAUUAGCGUAGUGUAAUAUAUGAAUAAUAAAAGAGUAAAUUAAAUAAUACCUACAUGCAGUCAAGAACGAAGUUUGUACAUCAAGGCGCAAAAUGAUUUUUAUACGUAAAUUAUUAUACUGAUCCCAACAAAAGUUGUAGGAAAUGAAAUAUUAUUUUGGCGCUAUUGAGCAAAUAAAUAAAUAACAUGUAAAAUGCAUAUAAAAUAAUAUAAUCUUAAAUAGUUAAAUUUACAUGUAAAAUGUAUAAAACGCAAAGAAAGAACGUAACAGUAAAACUAUCGAAUGGAGAAGAAACAGAAGAAAACAUUAAGUGAGCACACACGCAUAUUACAAUUAAAGGUAUUAUUAUGUAUAUUUAACAAAUAUUAAUUGCAUAUUAUUAUUUUAAACCUAAACGUUUAAUAAAAAAUAUUAACAUAUAAUUAACGAA